UAUAAAUCGAUUUAAAUUCGUCAAUUGUCAGUUACAUUUGAAACUUCUAAAAAUUACCUAAAAAAUGUCACCAAUUAUCACUACUUUAUUUAUUACGCUAGUUGCAUCUAUGAUAGAUACUCAACCCGAUUCAAUUCGACUUUGUCAACCACAUGCAAUUUGGAGUUUUUCUUGUGGAUGUGUUAAAACUUGUGAAAUACCAAAGCCAACCAUAUGUCCUCGGAUCUGUAUAAGACGCUGUGUAUGUCUUCCGGGUUUUAUUCAAGUUUCUCGGACAAAUACAACUUGCAUAGCAAAUUGUGACUGUCCAAACUUGAAGUUUGAAUAAUUUCACAAAAAUUGUCUAGACUUUUGGAACUGAAAUCGA